CCGCCUUUGCAUUUGACAUGUUCGAUUGGUGAUAGGCGGAGGUUAAGUAGAAUGGAGCUUGCCCCUCAGCCCCUCUUUUUGGCGGAAGACCACAGCAUUUUAUUCGCGUUAUAAUUUUGCACGACUCGAGAACCGCCUGAGGCCAUGGAUCAGCGCUCCUCUUUCGGAGACUACAGCGUGACUCCGCACUCUCCCAUAUUCUGAGACAAUAGCGUCUGGCAGGCUUUCAGCAGCUGAAUCUCCUGCAAUCAUCUUUUGAUACGCACAGACCUUCAAACAUCUCCCCGCUUGACUUAGCAAAUUCUCCCAUGCAGUGAUGAUUUCCAUUUAUUCCACUUUCACUCAUUAAGACAAUGGAGGUCGCUGGGUUUGCGCUCAGUGUCGCAGGAGGAAUUGGUUUACUUGGUCAGAUUUUUGACGGUUGCUUAAAAGCAUAUAAAGUAUUCAGUACAGCAUCCAAUCUCGGCCGUGACAGCGAACGAUUAAUAUGCAAGAUUCGAAUCGAAGAAAUGCGCCUGAUGGUAUGGGGCCGCGAAUGGGGUGUGGUCGAGGGACGACUCGAGGCGCAUCUCGCUGCUGCUUACGACGGAAAUGUCGCGCUGAAAGCUCUGGCCGAGAACAUUUUGCGUGAAUUGUACAAUACCAUCACCGACUUCAAUAAGCUCCAAGACCGGUAUGGCCUGCGAGACGAGUCCACCGCAGAUUUGGAGAAGACAAUUGGAAAUAAAGCAGUAGCGAGAGGACUUCGAGAGGAACUCAAAUUACGCGCGCGUUGGGUCGUCACAGACAAGGACAAAUUCGAAUUGCUGCUGCAGGACCUUAAAGACUUCAAUGACGGACUCGAGAAGCUUUUCCCACCAACACGCAUUGCAACAUUGCAGCGGACGUGGACACACGAGCUGCUGGAUGUGGCGCAACGAGAUGUUGCACAGCUUGGCCUCCUCGAACGGGCUUCAGACGGCAUCUACCCAUCUCUCAACACGUUUGCGAAACUCAAACAACUUCGAAUCAAUCUCGAGGAAAAGGAGCCUACCAAGAAAAUCAUGUCGACAUCGACCCUCAAAAUCCCACGUGAAAGCGUCGUCAUCCCAACCACCAAUAUCAUUACGGACGGAAAACGCAGUUACGGUUCAUAUAUUCGACCUGUGCCUGCAAACAGUAAUCAGAAACCAAAACUUAAGUCAUUCAAAUCAAAGCCGGCUUCAUCUCCUGGGGCUCCUAUUCCCGAAGACGUCUUGAUCGAAUUUAUCGAAUAUGACUCCUCCAUGGACAUGGAUGCCCGCUUGAUUCUCUACCAGCGCGUAUUCAAUCUCGCAUCCAUGACACAGAACGCCUCACUCCGACAUCCCGACCUCCACACGCUCGACUGCUACGGCUACUUUGACGAUCCGUCCUGCGAGCGAUACGGACUUGUCUAUAAAAACCCACAAACGGAGCCUCUCCGCACAUUAACAUCCCUAGUCGAAGAUCCUAACAUCCGCACCCCCGAUCUCGACGAGCGUAUCCGACUGGCGCACACGCUCGCCAUAGCACUCUGGUCAUGCCAUUCUCUCGACUGGCUGCACAAGACAUUUUGCAGUUUCAACAUUCUUUUUCCACAUGCCAGCGAUGACAGCAGUGACUCUUCUGACGCCAAACCCGAAACCCGCCCCUCCAAAUCCGAAAAAGAAGAUAGCAAAUCCAGCAAAUCCAGCAAAGCCUCUUCACCCCCGUCCUCACGCAGCUCGACCCCCAGCGCCGGAAAACCAACAACGGCUACCACCAAUGGCACCACCAAUGGCACCACCAAAGACCGAUCACCAUCCCACCCCUCUGCAAACACCACCGUCUCCUUAUCCAACUGCUACGUCACCGGCUUCGACAGUUCGCGGCCCGAACAUCUCGACGAAAUGACCGUCGCAUCGAAAAACGAAAUCGGACAAGACCUCUACCGCCACCCAGACUCGCUCGGUGUAUGGCGCCAAAGCUACUGCAAAGCCUACGACAUAUACUCCCUCGGCCUUGUCCUCCUUGAGAUCGGACUCUGGAAGAGCCUUCGCGUAUAUUACAAGUCGAAAUAUAAUCCCAAAAUCUUCCGUGACAAGGUCGUCCUGCCCGUUCUAGUCCCCGGCCUAGGCGCCAAAACAGGAUCGCUGUAUAGACGCGUAGUAGAGGCGUGUUUGGUAUUUCCAGAGCGCGAGGGGAAAGAGUAUAUCACCCCGCACCAAAUGAUGGAGUGGAUUGUCCAAACACUAGAGAGCUUGAAGGUGUGAAGAUAUUUGGUUGCACCAGCUUGACACGGAAGCAUUUAAUAUAUACCCCU